CUUAGUGUACUAUGUUUACCGUCUUAGGGGAUUUGGGACUGAUCCGAGUAUUUCUGCUUGACUAAGCAACAGUUUGUUGCUGUAUAAAGUAUGUCCAGCUCGGUGAUCAAGAGUUCUCUUCACUGAAGCUGUAGGAUGACCAAAAAGCUCAUGUGGAUCUUCUAAAUCAUUUCAAUUUGAAUGUUUUUGUAUUUAAGGUUGUUAUAUCUUUUUUUUACCCUUACAUUAUUUGAACCUCAAACAUUUUUACUCCCAACUCAUUUAACAAUGAAAUAUUUUUCUUCAUUUUUUGGCCGCAAAUUAUUCUUGCAUAAAAAAGUCUAAAGCAAUUUGGUCUGAGACAUUUCCUUUCUAUUUUUUUGACUCAUUUAGAAUAUUGUAUUGUAUUGUAAAGAUUUUAGUUAUAAAGCUUUAAUAAAUUUUUAUUAUUUUUGCCUCGUUGAGUAGUUUUUCCUUCAAACUGUUUGAGUGUAAAUAAUUUUUCCUCAAUGUAUUUUUAUUUUGUAAUGAUUCUUUUUUGAUCGUUUCUGCUGUGACUCGGAUUAGUCGACAUUUAUUUGGCUCAGAGUGGUUUGGCUCUGAGUUGGGUUAAACUCUACUGUGCUUGGUGGUGGAUCAGUGAUGUCGUCGGCCCCCUCAGUGGUUGGUAGUGUGGAUGUGGAGCCAGUGUUUAUAGUGGUGUAUCUCUGCUCCACAUCACUGAGUGGUAUUACAGCACUGUGUACAGUCAGAUCAGCAGCGAGAUGGGGGGUACACUCAGACUCUCGGAUGUUCUUGUUCAGCUGCUUUUCUGCAGGAGUGUUUUUGGCCAUCAGUCUGUUGGACGUGAUUCCGAAAUAUCUCACAGAAAUGAAAUCCACCUUCAGUGACCUUGGUGUGACGCUGCGCUUCCCUGUAGCCGAGUUCCUCCUGGCUGUUGGGUUCCUCCUACUGAUGGUGAUGGAGCAAAUGAUUCUGUCUCUAAGAGAUGACAGUGAAAACCAAAAUAAAGAUGGGGAGGAGAAGGAGGGGCUGCUGGUACCCUUUCCACUGUACCGCUCUCGCCCUGAACCCUGGAUUUCCUCUGUCCGUUCCUUCGUCCUGCUUUUCUCUCUUUGCAUGUUCUCCAUAUUCCAGGGUUUAUCCACUGACCUUCUCCAGCUCCGUCCUGAUCUACUGCUGCGUACUGCACUCAUCUCUGUCAGCCUCAUCUUUACCCUCACUCAGAACCGCAUGAGACGCUCCGCCACCUCCAUCUGUCUGAUGGUUCUGUGUGUGGCGUUCCCGCUGGGUGUGGCACUGCGCCACACACUGGCACAUACCCACGUCCCCUUACGGCUGGCGCGGUCCACACUGGAGGGUUUAUGUGUUGGAAGCUUCCUUUAUGUUGUUUUUUUAGACGUGAUGCCACGAGUGAUGAGUUCCAGCGAGCAGAGGAUUUUAAAAGUCACUCUGAUACUGACAGGAUUUACUGUCGUUACUGCUGCACUGCUAAUUAAAACAUAAACACUCAUCUCAUACGCCCACAUUCUUACAGCUGCUCUUUAAAUUUUACAGUACGCUAAACAGCCAAAAGUUUGUGGACACCAGUACUAAUGAUUGAGGUCUGGUGUUUCAGUCACCGCUAGCAUGUAUGUAAAACUAAUUAGUUAACUCUAACAUUGUGGCAACAGUUUAAAGUAGGUCCUGUCCUGUUUAAUCAUGCUGUAUAAAGACAGAGCACUUUGCCCUGACCUUAACACUAUUGAACACAUUUGGGAUCAAAGGUGCCUGACUUUACUAACGAAGUGAGGUAGCUGUUAUAACUGCACAGGUUGGGGGGUGUUGUACGACAAUUCCAUUUACCAAGCUCAUGGUCAGGUGUCCACAUUUUGGCCACAUAGUUUAUCUCAAAGUAGCAUAUCUCCUGUGCUAGUACUGUUUAGCAUGCUAGCUUAGAGCUUAUUAGCCCAGGAUUUUAAUCAAUAUUAAGUCUUUUGUACUUGAUAUAUGUUUCUGUGGAGAAGUGCUGUAUCCCAACCCUCAUGCUACAUUCUAAACAACAAAAAUGCACAUUGUACAGACCUUCUGUAUCUCAGAGUAAAGCUUAUUA